UUGUGCGGCUGUGAAUCUGGACGAAUUAAAAUAUGGUGCAUAUAUAGAGGCACUUUGCUUCAUAUAUUUUCAGUCACUCCUGAAUUACAACCCAUAAUGCAUAUUCUAUUAAGCGACAACAGUAACCCUUCAAACGUUGUAAUAGCAACAGACAGUUGUGUGAAAAUUAUUGAAUUCUACAAAAACCCAGAUCAUUCUUCUCACUCUCACCAUACCGUAUGUUUGAAUGAUCCUACAAGAACUAAAUCUCCCUAUAUUCCAGCAUGUCAGUGGACAACACCAGCAGCCACAACAGAAAUACUGAGGCAUUCAGACAAGAUCUCACAAGGCGGAAUAACUCUGCAAGAAAGUUUCUACCACAAAAGAUUGCGAAAUAUAUUAAAAACAUACUGUACAGAUAGACAACUGAGAAAUAAACAACCACCAAAUACACAAGAAAACAUCUUUAUUGAUGCACUACGGUCUGUUCCACAAUUUUCUCAACUGCAGUUUCAC